CUCGCGCUCAAAGCUCGUCGUGUGAUAGGCACUGUUCGUAAGAGGGCAACGUCCAGACAUUCUUCUGCACCUAUGGAGAGCCCUUUCUCGACGGUAACCGACACCGUUCCCACCCAGGACACCGCAACAGUGUCCGUCCUCACGGAAUCGUCCAGCCAGAGCCACACGCACAACAUCUUGCCGUUGCGGUAUGACCUAGGAAACAACCGGCGACGAAUUUGCACCUGGGGUCAUCUGCUGUGCUUCGGCGGUGGCCUCUCACUAUCAGCCUUCCUCGCUGCCAUGUCCCAGGUUGUUUACCUCUAUCCUACGUGCGACACGCCUUCCUGCUGGAAUAUCAAGUCUGUCCUCGCGCGGUCACUUAACUACAGCACAAGCCCCUGCAACAACUUCUACCACUUUGUGUGCGACGGCUGGAAGGCGAAUAGCCCGAAACACGAACUGGUCUUCUCGGAGGUCCAAACACGUGUUGCGAGAUCUGCCAUGGACACCUUGCUCCGCAUCCGCCAUGUACCCGCUCGCCAACAGACCGCCGUGCAGAAGGCUGCCGCUAUGUUCAGAACCUGCAUCGAUAUCCUGAGAACCGGCGAAGACCACCGACCCAGUAUUAAGAACUUCUUGAGGACACUUGGCCUCCUGGACAUAAAUCGAAGCGCGGUCGACGUCUUGGACCUGGUCGUGGACUUGGCGCUCAAUUGGAAUGUACCAGUACUAUUUGAGGUGUCCAUAGACUCUGAUCUCAGGGACGUCUACAAAUUCACACUCCAUAUGAAGAGGAACCGUUACCUUAUGGAAUGGGUUCACAGAAGGAAGUUCAUGAAUGGGGGCACAUUGUACAAGUACAUGGAGUCUCUUUCGGAUAUCAUCGGCAGGAACGUCUCCCUCGAGUCUUUAAUAUUAUUGGAGCACAACGUCGUCAUUAUGCUUGGGGCUGUGACCGACACCGUAAGAUCAGCCAAUUCUGUAAAGGUAUCCGACCUGGAGCAGUAUACUCCAGGAAUCCAUUGGGAAGAAUGGACCACGGCAUUCAACCACCACCUUCCGGAAUCGGGCCAGGUCCUUGGCUCGGACGUCAUCAGAAUAACGGACCAAGACUACUUUCGUGGUGUGGCUGCGAUCAUUCUCGACGACAGGAGACGCCGCCACGACCUGAUCAACUUCGUCGUCUGGUUCGUGGUACAGUUCCUUGCCCCUUUCGUCUCGUUGCAGUUGAUGUACACUUCCUUCAACAGCCGUGCCCGCGCAAGGAACUUCGUCACCAAUGUGUGCUAUCGAGAGGUGAACCAAAUCCUGCCAUACGCCUUCGGAGCCCCUUUCGUGGUCCAGUCUGUCCCUCUCGAAGUUCGCAAAGAUGUACGUCGUAUGGUGCAGCAGGUCAAGGAGGCGCUCGAGGUGUCCUUCCAGGAAAGCCGUUGGAUGGACAACGCUACGCGAGAUACCGCCAUUCAUAAGCUCCACUCGAUGCACGUUUUUGUUGCAUACCCAGACAACAUCCUCAGCAGCCUGGACGAAAUGUAUUCCAUCGUACCUGACGCUGGACCUGUCUUUCUGGAAAGCCGACUGAAGUCCUGGUACGUUAUCAUGCAGAACGAAAAAGAGAAGCUCUGGAAGCGUCAGCCAGAAAGCGAAAUUUUAGCGGGAUACAGAUUAACUGACGUCAACGCGUAUUACUGGCCCCAGUCAAAUUCCAUGAUAAUUCCAGCGGGGAUCAUCAAUCCACCGUUCUACAUGCCUCGGGAACCCGACAGUGUCAACUUCGGUGGGCUUGGCCAUAUUGUCGCCCAUGAGAUCGUGCACGGCUUCGACGUGGAAUCUAGCUUUCGGGACGCCACCGGUGAACGCAGGGAUUGGUGGUCGAAGACGACGCGUCUCCAGUACAAGAAACGAGUGACCUGCCUGAAGGACAUGUACGAUUCGCUCCUAUUUCCUCUGCACCGAAAGAGCCACGCUGUGUCCGAGAACAUCGCAGAUUCUGUAGGGCUGGCGCAAGCGUAUAAAGCUUACGAGAGCGUGGCCGGUGAUGACGCCAAGGGUGGCAUUAUGGGGUUCACGGCCGAGCAGGCCUUCUACAUAACGAGCUGUUUCAAGUGGUGCUCAAAUCGGGAUAAGCCAGGGCCGGGAUAUUCGCCAGAAGAGCUGCGGUGCAAUGUGCCCCUCCAGAACAUUCCCAACUUUGCGAAGGCGUUUGGGUGUCGGAGGAAUGACCCGAUGAAUCCGUCACACAAGUGUAACUUCUGGUGAAAACGGCCCUGCAAAUAAUUCUGCCUGCAUACGUCUGGCUUCGGUUCACAUACUCAAUGCUAUGCAGCUGACAGUUUGUGCUCUGAAAAGCUUCGACACUGUCUUGCUUUGUAACGGUAUUUUCGAGUCGGCAAAAUAUAUUUUUGUU